AUGGCAACCGGCUGCUGUCAGUUCCUCUCCUCGGUUUUCGACUACAAGACGGAGAAAUUCUUCGUCGCGAGAAACACGAAGAUAGGAGUGUUAUUCCGACUCUUUCAGCUCGCAGUGAUCGGAUACCUGAUCGGGUGGGUCUUCAUAUGGAAGAAAGGCUACCAAGAGAAAGAAGAGGUAGUCCAAAGCUCGGUGUUUACAAAGCUUAAAGGUGUUGCUCUCAUUAACACCUCAGAACUUGGGCUGAAUGUAUGGGGUGCCGAAGAUUAUGCCAUACCUUCUCAGGGGGAUAACGUCCUCUUUAUUGUAACAAAUUUAAUCGAGACUCCAAAACAAACGCUGGGUUUCUGCGCUGAGUGUCCAAAUGUCCCUGAUGGUGUCUGUUCUCACGAUGAUGAUUGCACACAGGGAAGUGCUGUUAUAGCAGGUCAUGGGUUCAAGACGGGACGCUGUAUGAAUGAGACAGGCACAUGUGAAAUUCAUGCCUGGUGUCCGGUUGAAUGCAGUCACACACCAAUGGUACCAUUGCUGGGAAAAGCAGAAAACUUCACUGUCUAUAUUCGGAACUUCAUCAGGUUUCCGAAGUUCAACUUCUCCAAAUCCAAUGUUCUCUCCUUCACCAACCACACAUAUCUGAAGUCAUGCACCUAUGACAAAAUCCACCAUCCAUAUUGCCCCAUCUUCCGAGUGGGAGAUCUAGUCAAGUGGACCGGUCAAAGCUUCCAAGAAAUGGCUGUCAAGGGUGGAACUAUUGGAAUGGGGAUUGUUUGGAUUUGUGAUUUAGAUAAAGACGCUUCUAAAUGCAACCCUGAGUACAGCUUCACUCAUCUGGACAACUCAAAAGGCUCAAACGUCACUGGAUACAACUUCAGAUUUGCUCGCUAUUACAGAAAUGCAGAUGGAAAGAGUUAUCGUUCGCUGUUUAAAGUGUAUGGAAUUCGAUUUGAUAUCAUGGUUAAUGGGCAGGCAGGGAAGUUCAGUAUUGUCCCCACAGUGGUGAACAUUGGGUCUGGAGUUGCUUUAAUGGGUGUUGGAGUGUUCUGCUGCGACAUGAUCCUCAUCUAUAUAAUGCGAGGGAGCUCGUUCUAUAGACAGAAGAAGUUUGAGAGUAUUGCAAAAAAGCCUGAUGCACAGCGCAGAAGACACCAUCGGCAUGGCCACAAGAAACAAGACAAACUGGACGUGGAGGGCCAACUCCUGUCAUCCCCGAAUCGUAGUCCAAGAAAACACAAACAUCACAAUCAUGAACAGAAGCGCAUUAAAGAGGCAACAUCUAAAUCCCACCACAGUCCUGAAAGAAAGGCCGCGGUUCAGGCUUCCUCAUCCAGAAGACCAGUCAGUCCAAAUAAAUAAAAUGGCAGAUGAAGAAACUGAAAUUUUCUGGGAGGGAACAACUGUAAACUGUGA